UUGUCUUCGGCAUCAUCCAUCAUACUAGGAUGUUGUGUUGCAAUAGUUUCAUCUGCUAUUCAGUCGCUUGGGAUUACUCUUCAACGUAAAUCUCAUCUUAUCAACUAUCAUCAUGUUUUACCCGGUGAAAUGACUGGGAAUUCCGAUGAACAACCGGAUGGAACUCCUACUUAUCAACAACAUCAAAAUCUUCAUCAUCAUAAGAGAAACAUGUGGUUAUGUGGAUUUUUCCUAUUUAUUAUUGCUAAUAUUCUCGGAUCUUUAAUCCAAAUCACAACUUUACCUCUUAUUAUUCUCUCUCCAUUACAAAGCAUCGGUCUUAUUUUCAAUUCUAUUCUUAGUUGUAUGCUAUUACCAGGAGAAAAUUUCACUCAAAAAUUGGGUUAUGGAACGGCAAUAAUUUCAAUUGGUGCUUUUAUAAUUGCUUAUAAUGGUAGUACUACUCCAGUUGAAAUUCCUGGUAAAGAUGCAAAUGAAAAAUUUGUUAUUAUCUUGAAUAAAUUAUCCAGACCGGCCUUUUUAAUUUGGUUUAUUGGAACCUUCAUUACAAUAUUAUUUUUGCUUUUGAUAAAUUGGAUCUUGACUCAAAGGAUAAACCAUUUAAAAUUUAAAUUGACUCGUCGUCAAUUUAAGUCGAACAUUCAACUAAUCAAUAAAUAUCAGUUCAUCAAGGGGGUGAAUUUUGGUUUUAUUAGUGGAACCUUAACUGCCCAUACUUUCCUUUUUGCUAAAUCUCUUAUUGAUACCAUAGUUGAAAUCAUUAUGAAUAAUAGUCAUGAUUUAAAACAAUUGUCUACUAAUUUCACCCCACUCUUCCUUCUCUUGACCAUGUUGUCGAUUAUUGGUUUCCAGUUGACUGCAUUCAAUAUGGGACUUGCCCAAAUCCUGACUUCUAUCUUAUAUCCUUUAUGUUUUCUUGUAUACAAUCUCAUCAAUCUUAUCAAUGACGUUGCUUACAAUUCUUUAUUAGCUGAUAAGAUCAUGUCAUUGAAACAACUUGCUUGGGUCAUUAUCGGACUCUUUGCCGUUUUAUGCGGGGUGGUGCUUAUCAGCUGGGAUGGUGCUUUUGGUAAUACUUCAAAUAAAGAAGAUUCUUAUUUAUCAGAAGAGGAAUUCAUUUUAAACCUGAAAUUUCCUUAU